GUAUCAAAAAGCUACAUUUUAGGUAGCCAAAUAUCCAUAAGUACAUUGAAGAUUGAGAAGCGUGUUAGUGUAUCCGAAACCGUGAACUCACAGCACAUAAUUAUAUUUUGAAAUUAAAUUGUGACGUCAUUAUUCUCAUGGUGAUAAAAAUGUGGAGAUUGUGUUUUGUUUUAUAUCUAUUUAUUAAUAGCGGAAGAUGUUUUAGUAAGGAAGCAUUCCGAUUCAACCACGAUGCAAGUUUAUAUGGCCGUCAAGCUGAGAAGCAUCUACCGCCCUGUAGAGAUUGCAGUUGUGGUGAAAGAAACGAAGAACUUCGUGUGGUCGGUGGUACCGGAAGCAGCGUGAAUGCCUUCCCCUGGAUAGCUAGAUUGAUAUACCAUCAGUCGUUUGGAUGUGGGGCAUCUCUUAUCAAUGAUAGAUAUGUGGUAUCUGCCGCCCAUUGUGUCAAAGGGUUUAUGUGGUUCAUGUUCCGUGUGAAAUUCGGCGAGCAUAAUCGAUGUGAAAGCAAGGCGAUGCCGGAAAUGCGUUAUAUUGUGAAGAUAAUUGCCCAUAACUUCACCCUGACCGAGCUUACGAAUGACAUCACAUUACUGCGUCUGAACAAACCUGUUGAUUACUCGUAUGCUAUUCGACCUGUCUGCAUACCGCCUAUGGAGAGUAAAACAAAAACAUAUGCCGGAGAAAUGGCAACGGUAGCUGGAUGGGGUGCGAUGGGUGAAACAGGGAACUGGUCUUGUUCUCUCUUGGAAGCACAGAUACCAGUGCUCAGUGAACAAGAAUGUUGGAGCACCAGUUAUAAUAAAUCAAAGAUUAGAGACGUGAUGCUCUGCGCUGGAUUUCCUGCCACCGCCCAUAAGGACGCCUGCACUGGUGACAGCGGUGGGCCACUAAUAGCAGAAAACCAUGAACACACAUAUGAUUUAAUUGGUAUCGUAUCCUGGGGUUACGGGUGUGCCAGAAAGGGAUUUCCUGGCAUCUACACAAGAGUGACCAAGUUCUUGGAUUGGAUUAGGGAUAACACUGCCGAUGCUUGUUACUUUAAAAUGUGGACAGUCAAUGUUGUGUUUUUAUGGUUUGCCUGUGUUUGUGUUCUGGGAGGAGAAAUAGAGUCACCAAAUGAAGCUAUCACAUCUAAAUCGGAACAGGACAUAACGGAAUCUACGUUUGAUGAUGAGACUAAUAAAAUUUGUAACUGUCGUUGUGGAGAACGUAACGAAGCAUCGCGUAUAGUUGGAGGAGUGGAGUCAGCGGUAAACGAGUUUCCAUGGGUUGCGCGAUUGACUUACUUUAAAAAGUUCUAUUGUGGAGGCAUGCUCAUUAAUGACAGAUAUGUGAUGACAGCUGCACAUUGCGUGAAAGGUUUGAUGUGGUUCAUGAUAAAGGUGACUCUGGGGGAACAUAACCGAUGCAAUGAAACUCAUAGACCAAUCACUAGAUUUGUUGUCAACGUCGUGGCACAUAACUUCACCUAUGUUGACUUUAGGAAUGACUUAGCUCUGCUGAAGCUAAACGAUAAGGUGGAAAUUACGGACACAGUCAAACCAGUGUGCUUACCACAUAAUGAUGAUAACGAAUACAUAGGAGUCAAAGCAAUAGCUGCAGGUUGGGGAUCGAUCGGCGAACAAAAAAAUCACUCCUGCCACCUAUUAGAAGUGGAAUUACCAGUUAUAAGUAACCAGGAGUGUAGAGAUACGAAAUAUGAAACCGCUAUGAUUGCUGAUAAUAUGCUGUGUGCUGGAUAUCCAGCGGAAGGGAAUAGGGAUACUUGCCAGGGUGAUAGUGGCGGCCCAUUGUCAGCGGAGAGAAUGGAUAAACGAUACGAAUUAUUAGGCAUCGUCUCCUGGGGUAUUGGAUGCGGUAGACGUGGUUAUCCCGGAGUGUACACCAGAGUGACAAAGUACUUGUAUUGGAUUAAGCAUCACUCACGCCAGGGCUGCUUCUGCAAAGACUAA